AUGGCUACAAGUCUUUAUCCACCUUUACGCAUUCGUGAUAUUCCUGGACCACAACCUGGUCAAUUUGGUCUGCUCGAAAAACCCUAUCGACCACAUAAAAAUCUUGUAGCACAAAAUCGUGAACUUGAAGCUAUUCGUGAAACACGAGAAAAACAUAAUCGAGAAGCAAAAACUGAAUUAAAUAAAAUACAAUUUGAUGAAUUAUCAUCAAAUAAAGCUUUUCAUGCUCAAGUACGACGUGAAGUUGAACAAAGAUUAAAUCAUGCCGAUCAUCAACUCGAAGAACGACGUGAACGUUUACGUACAUUACUUGCUACUGAAGAUGCACAAUAUCUUGCUGAAGCAGAAUCAUCAAAAGAAAGUUUAACUCAACGUAUUGGAAAAAUGCGUCAAAAAGCUAAACGUAUACGAGAAGAAAAAGAAAGUGAACAUGCAAAACUUGUACAAGAAAAAUAUGAUCAACGUUUUCGACGUGAUUGUGCUGAAUUACGUGAACUUCAAUCGAAAGAAUUAGAUCAUGAAUUAGGUAAUGAACAUUUAUGGCAAAUAAAAGAAAAAUUCGAUAGAAAAAAAGAUCACCAAGCAGAAGAAGAAUUUUGGACUCAAUUAUGGUAUAAUGAUAUUGCAAAAAAGAAAGAACGUGAAGAUCGUGAUACACAAGAAGCAAAACUAAAAUCAGAAAGUAUGGCUAAAGUUAUACGUGAACAAAUGCAAGCUGUAGAAGCUGAUCAUAAUUUACAGAAAAGCAAACGAAAAGAAUAUUCCGAAGCGGCCUGGACACAAUUUCGUGCUCAAAAAGAUGAAAAAAUUGCUGAAUAUCAAGAAAAAUUACGUAAACAAGAAGAACAAAAACGUAUACUUGAUACGGUUUUGACUACUAAACAAAAAGUUCAACAACGUAAAGCUGAAGAAGAAAAAGCACUUGAAGAAAAACUUGCUGAAGAAACUCAACAUGCAACUAUAAGUGAUGAAAUGGAAAAAAGACAACGAAAGUUGGAACUUCGUGAUGAAAAUCACCGUUAUCGUACUUAUUUAGAACAACGAAAACUUGAUGAACGAAGACAACAAAUUGAACUUGAUCGUGUUUUACAAACUGAAAUAGAUAGACAAAAUGCUAAACGUGCAGAAAAAAUACGUGCUGAAAAAGAUAAACGUGCUAAACUUCUUCACGAAGUUGUUGAAGGUCGACAACAACAAUUAAUCGAUCGAAAUGAUAGAAAAGCACAAGAAGCAAAUGAAUAUCAAUGGCAAAAAGAUAAUAUGAAAAAUAUUUCUGAACAAGUUAAAUUAGAAGAAGCAGAUCGUGAAGCACGUAAUAGAACAAAACGACUUGCUUAUAAACAAGAUUUAAUUGGACAAAUGAAUUAUGAACAAAGAAAGAAACAAGAGGAGGAAUAUGAGAUUCAACGUGAAUUUGUAGAAGGCAUGCAAACAGAAGUUGAAUAUCAAAAACGUCUUAAUUUUGAACUUCAACAAACAGGUGUUAAUUAUCCACAUCCAAUUCGUCAAUGGUAUUCAGCUAAAACGGGUACAUUCUAUCGACCGGAAAAACCAGCAAUCUUCGAUGAUGAUAAUAGAUUCUACAGCAAAGAUGAUCUUAAUUUUCUUCCUCGACGUAAUACUACAGCACCACAACAAUCUCGUCCUAUUUUACCCGUGCCUAUUGUGUAUCAUUAA